GUAUGGGGAGGUCGUCUCUUUUGGGGGCGGGGGUCAUCACAGCCUGAAAUAUUUUCAAAGGGGGUCCCAGCAAAAAAAGUUUGAGAACCUCUGGCCUAUGCUGGUUGUGUUGUUGUGUGGGUGGUUGUCUUGAUUUGUGUCUAGGGGAGUUGUGCUGGGAGAUUUGUGUGGGUGGCAGUUGGGUGCAUGGGUAACCAAGUAAUUUAUCAUCUGUGCAGUCUCCCUCAUACAACCCAUGAAAUUAUUGCAUGUAAAUAAGCUGUAAAGUAAGGUUCGUGAUUGGUUGAGUUGCCUUUGAUAUCACAAUGGCCUUCUUGUGACAUAGAUACAUGCCUUACUGAAUCUGUACACUGCACAGGUGUAAUUCUUAAACUCAAAAGGGCUGAGAUUGGAUGGUAACAAACCGUGAAUCUCAGUGAUGAUUGAAUCUGGUGAAAUUCUGAGCAAAAAGAGCUCUCAACCAUAGUAAUAGUUGUUUCAAUAUCUUCACACUGAUGCUACAGACAGAAUAGCCUUCAGAGUGAUACACACACAUUCCUGGAGUCUUACUAUAUAGAUGAGAACUGAGGGAGCAUAUGAUAACCCUUUGCAGAUAUGGGAAUAAGGACGUUGAUGAGUGUCUGGAUAACAAUGGAGGAUGCCAACAGAUUUGUGUGAACACAAUGGGCAGCUAUGAGUGUCAAUGCAAGGAGGGUUUUUUCCUCAGUGAUAACCAGCAUACCUGUAUUCACCGCUCCAAUGAGGGUAUGAACUGUAUGAACAAAGAUCACGGGUGUGCACAUAUCUGCCGGGAGACGCCCAAAGGUGGGGUUGCCUGUGAAUGUAGGCCUGGCUUUGAGCUUGCCAAAAACCAGAAGGACUGCAAAUUAACCUGUAACUAUGGAAAUGGAGGCUGCCAACACACCUGUGAUGACACAGAUACUGGUCCUGUGUGUGGUUGUCAUCAGAAGUAUGCCCUGCACUCAGAUGGCCGAACAUGCAUCGAGAAGGAUGAGGCUGCAAUUGAGAGUUCUGAGUACAAUGCCACGUCAGUAGCUGAUGUGGACAAGAGGGUGAAACGGCGGCUACUUAUGGAAACAUGUGCUGUCAAUAAUGGAGGCUGUGAUCGUACUUGCAAGGAUACGGCGACAGGGGUACGUUGCAGUUGCCCAGUUGGAUUUACCCUGCAGCCUGAUGGGAAAACAUGCAAAGACAUUGACGAGUGCUUGGUAAACAAUGGUGGCUGUGACCAUUUCUGCCGAAAUACUGUUGGUAGCUUUGAAUGCAGCUGCCAGAAGGGCUAUAAACUAUUAACAGAUGAACGAACCUGCCAAGAUAUAGAUGAGUGCUCAUUCGAAAGGACUUGUGACCAUACCUGCAUCAACUACCCAGGAAGUUUCGAAUGUCUCUGUCACAAAGGCUACACCUUGUACGGCAUGACACACUGUGGAGAUGUUGAUGAAUGUAGCAUCAACAACGGUAGCUGCGACCAUGGGUGCAUUAAUACAAUGGGGAGCUAUGAGUGUGUCUGUCCACCUGGAAAGAAGCUUCACUGGAAUAAAAAGGACUGUGUUGAGAUGGUGAAAUGCCUCCCAAAUGCCAAACCAGCUCCUAAGGCUCAACUUGUCUGUAGUAAAUCAGGAGGAAUAGAGAGCUGCUUUUUGUCAUGCCCUUCCAAUACACUUUUUGUUCCAGAUUCAGAGAAUAGUUACACACUGAGCUGUGGAGUUCCAGUCCAGCAAGGCAAAGCCCAACAGAAACGCAACACAACACUUCCCAAUUGUGCAGAUUCAUUAGCCCCACCGAUCAAGCAGAAAGCUCGCUUUAAAAUUAAAGAUGCAAAGUGCCAUUUACGGCCUCGCAGCAAAGAAAAGAUUAAAGACAUUGGGAAGCAAGCUAUUAUAGGAGGUCAAUUCCCUUGUACAGACAACUGCCAGGUGACCUUUGUGAACCUCAAGUGUGAUUCCUCCAAGAAAAAACGUCGGGGCCGCAAGUCACCAUCGAAAGAAGUGUCCCAUAUCACUGCUGAAUUCGAAAUGGAGAUGAAGUCUGAGGAAGUCUCAGACACCUGUAACCUUGACUGUGUGCGGAAAAGGAUGGAGCAGAAGCUGCAAACUGCAAUCAAAACGUUGAGAAAAUCUAUUAACAAACAGCAAUUUUACAUUCAGUUUUCUGGGACGGAGUACGAAGUGGCUCAUAAGCCAGCUAAGGCUACUGAAGGACAUGAAGCAUGCAGUACAGGGCAAGUGCUGCAGGAUGGAAAAUGUGUUACCUGCAGCCUGGGAACCUAUUAUAGUGGAGAACAUAAUCAGUGCCUUCCUUGCUCACCAGGAACAUACCAAGACACAGAAGGUCAACUUACUUGUGAACCUUGCCCAAGUAACGACGGACAGGGAAUAGCAGGCGCACGGAAUGUGUCAGAAUGUGGAGGGCAGUGUUCUCCUGGGUAUUUCUCUUCAGACGGCUUUAAACCUUGUAGUGUGUGCUCUCUUGGUACAUAUCAACCUGAGCCAGGCAGGACCCUUUGUUUUCCAUGUGGCGGUGGGCUGGUGACAAAAUAUGAAGGCGCUGUUUCAUUUCAGGACUGUGAAACAAAAGUUCAUUGUUCUCCUGGCCACUACUACAAUUCCACAACACACAGAUGUAUCAGAUGUCCUGUUGGAACCUACCAGCCUGAAUUUGGUCAAAAUUACUGCAUUAGCUGCCCUGGGAAUACAAGUACAGAUUUUGAUGGCUCUACUAAUGUUACACACUGUAAAAACCAGCACUGUGGAGGGGAACUUGGAGAUUAUACAGGCUAUAUCGAGUCUCCCAAUUAUCCUGGUGAUUACCCAGCUAAUGUUGAAUGCAUUUGGAAUAUAAAUCCACCCCCGAAGAGGCGAAUACUCAUUGUGGUUCCUGAGAUAUUUCUUCCAAUUGAAGAUGAGUGUGGUGAUGUUUUAGUAAUGAGAAAAAGUGCCUCCCCUACGUCAAUUACCACAUAUGAAACAUGUCAGACGUAUGAGAGACCAAUAGCAUUUACCUCCAGAUCACGAAAGCUAUGGAUUCAGUUUAAAUCAAAUGAGGGAAACAGUGGCAAAGGAUUUCAAGUCCCAUAUGUGACAUACGAUGAGGAUUACCAACAGCUGAUAGAAGACAUUGUUCGAGAUGGACGACUAUAUGCAUCAGAAAAUCAUCAAGAAAUUCUAAAAGACAAGAAAUUGAUCAAAGCUCUCUUUGAUGUUUUGGCACAUCCUCAAAACUAUUUCAAGUACACAGCACAAGAGUCAAAGGAGAUGUUUCCACGAUCAUUUAUAAAGCUACUGCGAUCAAAAGUUUCCAGAUUUCUACGACCAUACAAAUAGCUUCCUAGUGAUAUUCAAUUUGGGGUUAUUUUGCAUUCCUGUCAAAUAUUGUAUUUUACUCCACAGUAGAAACAUUUGCUAAUUGGAAGGCUAUUUUUUGCAGUCUUUAUUUUCAAUUAUAUAUUGAAGAAUAACUAUAACGUUUUAUAAUUGUUAAAAGCCAAUAUUCUGAAUGGGAUUUUUACUUCAAAGAAGAAUAUUUGUGGAUCCUUGAGUGCAUCCAAUUGAAGAUCCAAAUUUGUGUCUGCACUAGUGUGUCUUCAUGUUUCAUUUGAAAAUGUUUGUUUUAGAAAAUAUAUUUUCUAAGCCUUUUUAUUUUCUAGCAAAAAUAGUUUUCUUCUAAGCAAAGAAGAAACCUAUUCAACCUGGUUAAACAAACUACCUGUUUUGUGAUAGAAAGGAGUAUGUAGCAUAAAUACCAUUUGGAUUUUGAAUUGCACUUGAACUUUAUAUUUGAAAUUUUAGAAGAAAGCAAAAAAAAAUCUAAAUUUUGUUAUUUCCCAUUUGUGGUUUUGUGGAGACUUUGUUCUAGUAUAAACCAAAAAAAAAGGGGGGGGGGGGG